GGCACGAUCGACUACUAGAAGUGACCGACGCAGUCUCUAGCUGGUUACCAUUUCUCGUCGAACGUUUGCAGACUAAAAGACCAACCGGUGACGUGUAGAUAUGGCGUAUUCUGGAUUUCCGACUGUACUACUGUUGCUCGUUGUAGUUCUCUGCCACAUUCCUUUUUCGAUCUCAAGCGGUGGAUCUCUUCCUCUUGAGCGUCUUUGUAAGAUUAAAACGUUGGCUCUCUUUUUCGGCAGUAGCUGCAGCAAGUACAUCAAAACUGACGUUGAUUGUGAGGUGAGCGAAUGGACACUGUGGGUAGCGUCACCUGGUAGAUGUGAGAAAAGUAGACAAAGGAGUGUCAAAACUUUUGCACGAAAUGGAGGAGUCGCGUGUCCCAACCUGACAGAAACGACUACAACGUGUACUAAUCGACGGGUAUUUUGCUGCUCUUCCGCACCUCCUUCCGCUUCCGAUGGUGACUCCGAAUCAGUGCUCUCGCAACCGACCGUAUUAUCAGCAUCCUCUGUCGAUGUGGGGUGCUUUACCGGUCGCCUUCUUUUGGGACGUUGACUCCUCAAAUACAUUUUAAGGCCUAAAUUAAAGACUUUCCAAAAUGCGAGGAAACUCCCUCUUCUAGGCUGUGCGUUGCCUGAACAUCAAGCAUUCUCUGUCGAUAUAGUAUAUAGUAUCUGGUUAAUUGUAUGUUUUCGACUUGUCUUUUAAGCUAACUGUAGGCGAGACUCCAAACUAAAGUUUAG